GGUUGUAUGUUUCCCGAAUGUUUAGGAUUCUUUGGGUUUAAGAACACGUUAGGAAAGUUAAUUGGGAUAUGAAUCCCGAUUCUCAAUACGAUUACCGUAUUUUAUAUCUCCAUCCUGCCAAGAAUUGUCUAUUUCACUCGUCGCUAACAGCUAAGCUAACAUAGUUACAAGAAAAUAUAUCUUUUGGUACCAUUGCAAAACAAAACAUCUCCAAGACUUGCUGUAAUUUGCUAUUAUGCCAUGGGGAACGGACGUCCACCGUCAAUCGGGUCAGUUGUCAUGUGAAACGAAUGACGAUGUCUCCUCACCGACGGUUCGUGAUGCAUCAUAUUUGUAAAAGGCAAAUAUUUACUGCUGAACGCAUAAACACAGGACGGAAGCACACACGGCAGUAUUUUGUCUCUAGUGUUUGAUCCGGAAGGAAGCUCACGUUUCAUUUCGAUUCGCACGUGAAGAAAAAAACCAUCCAAGUGCAAAAAAGAAACUAACAAAGAAUUGGUUCAUUGGAAUUUGAGUAUUCUUCAUAUUGAACGUUUCUUUUCACUUACGUAAAUGGAUGGCCCAUCGAACGGCUAUGUCACGUUUUAACGGAUUAGCAAACCAAGAAAAACAAGGAAUUUUCAACAGGCAUUGUUUCGACAAGCCGAAAAAUUGAUACAGUACUCUUGUAAAAUAGCCGUAGCCAAUUUUAUUUUUCUCCCAGAGUUCCGAAACCAGGAUACGCCAUCGUGUGGAAACUCCCGACCGCGCCGACUCCGAUUAGGGUGAACCGGAAAGAACAACGAUGAUAGGAUAAACAUGACGAGUCUACCAAUCCUUUAACGAGCAAAGAGAGCGGAGGACUAUAUUUCCUUUGUCCAGCCAAUUCUGAAACUUAAAGGAAAUUUCAUUUUUCUCAUUGUCAGUGCACCAUCAUUUGAAAACGAAAAAAUUUUUGCUCGAUUUGGAAGCAGUAUAGCCGCUGGAAAAUCGCGAAGAGAAAAGAUAGCAUAAAGCCGUACUACGUCUCCUCUAUUCGUUCCAUUUCAUACCCGAACAACCACACACACACACAACACCCAGACACAAAAAGAGAGUUGUGUGUCUGGCAGAAACCGCAGCUUGGUUGUGGGAGGAUAGAGAAAAGAAAGAAAAAAACCGUGCAACAUCACUGGCUUCGUUGCCGUUGCUUGUGCCAGUGUUCCAGCUGAUCGUGGAAAAAAUGAGUCGGCCUCUGACGGCCAACUCUCGCAACGAGGCUGAAAUGAUGUCGAAAGCCAAACGCCAGCAAACCAUGGCGCAAGAUCCACUUGAAAAACUCCGGUGCCAACUACUGUCUCGAGGUGCCACGGGUAUUAUCGGAUUUGGCAAGGUAUUUCGCCGGAUGGACGAUGAUGGCAACCGUUCGCUGUGUUACGAAGAAUUCCGUAAAGGGAUUGACGAAAGCGGAGUUAAGACCGAUGAUGGAGCUCGAACUCUUUUCGAUGCAUUUGAUAAGGACCGCUCGGGAUCCAUUUGCAUCAACGAAUUUCUAAAAGCCAUAAGGCCUCCAAUGUCUGAUGGAAGAAAACGAGUCAUAGCGGAAGCUUUUAAAAAACUGGAUAAAUCUGGUGAUGCAGUUGUUACACUCGAAGAUUUAAACGGCGUCUACAACGUCAAACACAAUCCCAGAUAUUUGAGCGGAGAAGAGACAGAAGAACAAAUCCUUAAUAAGUUCUUGGCUAACUUUGAAUCAAACGGUUCCAUCGACGGAAAGGUGACGUACGACGAAUUUCUAGACUACUAUGCUGGAGUCAGCUCUUCCAUUGACCAUGACGCGUACUUUGAUCUAAUGAUGAGGCAGGCGUGGAAAAUCUAAUAGUUCCGCCAAAGAUUCGCCCCGUAUUCCCUUUUUUUUUUAAAGACUGAAUAGGGACAGAACAAAGGAACGCUAAUCUUAAUAUUCAGAUGAUGAAGAACCUAUGGCUGCCGAUGAUUUAAUUUUCCAUCGACUGUCCAUCUCUUUCACAAGGACUUUUCUUCUUCCAAAGCUCUGUUUUUAUUUUGAAAGAAGAUGUUUGUAACCGAAGAUACUUUUUUCAUCUUAUUUAUCUUAACUUCUUUCUACGUUUAUCGUAGCAUCUAUUUUACUUAAUCGUCUGGAGGCCUUGAGCUGUAUUGAACCAACAGACGUUCAAAUAAGGGUUGCAAAAUAAGUAGACGAUGAUCUAAACCUACUAAACCCAGUAUGGGGUUAAGGAUAGGAUAUCGCAAAGUCUGGAGAACGCAUUGCAUGUCUGCAUUUUGUGGAUAAAUAUAACUGGGAGAGGUGCAUAUUGAUUGUGUAUUUCAUCGUAAUAAUUUUACUUAUCAAUAAACUAUCAACACUU